GUCGCAGACCAGGCGCAGUGCCGCUCAGACGCAUAGAUCGGACGACGCGUGGCCAUUUUGAGCGAGUUCAAGAUCAAGUUAACGAACGAUGCGUUGAGAGAUGUCUAGUGAUUAAAAACGAAUGGGCGUGAGUGAGACGCAAGAAGAACGCGAACGAAAAAAUAGACGCCGCUGUUAAAUAGGAAUAUACGCAUACGUUGUGCUCACGUUUACGCAAAUUUAAAAAAUACCUAUUAAAAUUGAAACCAAUAGAAAAUAAUACAUGGUUGCAAAAGGGCAACCAAAAUGAAGUAGAAGUGGAAGCACUACAAGUGAACAAGCGUUACGAGUGCUAAUAAUAAUACAGAAGACGUCGCAGUUGCAACAAUCCACAACAAAACGACGCCUAAAAGUGAAAACGUAAGAGGGCAAAUACCGAAAAAAAUAUCCCUACGCACUUGAAUUGUUGUUGCUCGGCGCGUGUGACGAGAGCAUGCGCGUGUGUGUGUGAGUGGGAGAGGAAAAAAGAGAGCAAAAGGCGCGUACGCAAGAGAGUUAAACACACGCAGCAACAGCAGCGUUGACUGAACGAAGAACGAUCGUUCUUGCUUGAUAUUCAAGCUAAUAAAACAUUAACUUUGUUUGUUGUUGAUUGGAUGGGGUCGCGAUAUUUGCACAAAAUUAAAUAAAAAAAGAAACCAAAGUGUGACGCAUUUUCAGUGAAUUUGCAAAUUAAUCCCAGCGCAUAGAACAAACAUACACAGACACAUGUAUACGAUAGCCACAUAAAUGCUUAAUUUUGGCACAUUGCACUGUGGUUUCGUCUAUUUAUAGCAUUAUAGCAAAUUCGCUAUAAACAUAGCGUAGCUGCAGAACAUGUCAACAGGUUGCGGAAGUGACGAGCCGAACAAAAUCAACAACUCAAGGAUUAUAGCGCAAGCAGCGUCAACGACUCCGACAACGUCGAGUAGAGCAACGUUAUACAAACGCUUGGCUUCAGUGCAGCGCUGCAAGAGCAAGAGAACAGGCGACAACGACGCCGACGUCGCGCAACAAAAAUCAACGAAAGUUUCCUGCAAAACAAAAAGACUAAUAGCUGCUGCUGCAAAUACAACAGAAGGCGAAGACAGCAGUAGUGAUAGUCACAGUGACAGCAGCAGUAGCAGAAGUCGUCAUCAUCGAGAACAGGAGCAACAACAACAGUUAAAGAUGACAUCACGUGCAUGUCAUUGUGCCUGGCGGCUGGUCAUUGUGAUAUUGGGCGUAUGCUUUAUUGCCGCCGGCGUUUACUUGCUUCGCAAUUGGAUCGACAUCUUUACGCGCAUGCGCGGCAAGGAAAUGGCACUGAGUCCCACGUCGCGAGCAUACCCCGAUUGGAAAGUGUCACCGCUGCCCCUUAACUUUGACGUUUAUCUCUUUAACUGGACGAAUCCGGAGGACUUUUAUGUGGAUUCUCCGCGGAAGCCACGCUUCGAGCAGUUGGGUCCCUAUCGCUUUAGGGAACAACCCGACAAAGUGGACAUUGAGUGGCACAAUCAGAAUGCCUCGGUGUCGUUUCGCAAGAAGGCUUUCUACUACUUUGAUGCUGCCGGCAGCAAUGGUACGCUCAAGGAUAUUGUCACCUCGGUGAAUACUGUGGCGCAUGCCGCAGCACGUCGCCUUGAUGAAUUGUCUUCUUUUGCUAAGUUCGUAGCCUCAGCAACGUUGAGUGGCAUACAGGAAGUGAGCGAAACCCACACUGCCGAGGAGUGGCUCUUCAAGGGUUUUAUUCAUCCAUUGGUUUCACUUGGCAAAUUCAUUCGGCCUGAGGACGUGCCCUACGAUCGUGUUGGCUAUCAAUAUGACCGCAAUGGCACGACCAGCUUUGAUGGCGACAUUAAUAUGUUCACGGGCGCCGAUGACAUCAGCAAAAUGGGACAAAUCUACACGUGGAACAAUCUAACGCAUACGGGUGCCUUUGAGGGCACUUGUGGCGAAGUUCAUGGCUCCAUGGGCGAAUUCUUCCCACCCAAUUUGAGCACCAACGGCAGCGUAUAUCUCUACAUGCCCAAAAUGUGUCGCGCCGUACCCUUGGACUAUACGGAAACGGUGACUGUUCACGGCGUUACGGCGUACAAGUUUAGUGGUACACGUCAUGCCGUGGACAACGGCACCAUGUAUCCGGAUGCCAGUUGCUAUUGCGUGAAAGGCAAGUGCAACCCAGCGGGAGUCAUAAAUAUUGCUCCCUGUUCAUACAAUGCAUCGAUAUACAUGUCGUAUCCGCACUUUUAUAUGGCGGAUCCCAGUUAUUUGGAGGCUGUGGACGGUCUGCAGCCGGAGAAGGAGAAGCAUGAGUUUUACAUGGCACUGGAGCCAAACGCUGGCGUGCCCAUGGAUGUGGGCGGUGGCUUCCAAGCCAACUUUUUAAUGGAGCCCAUCAGAGGAGUAUCUCUGUAUGCGCGCGUGCCCCGUGUCAUGAUGCCGCUGAUGUGGGCCGAGGAACGUGUGCGUGUCACGGAGGAGAUUGCCGCCAACAUUGCACUGGUGCCGCUCAUAGUGCUAAUUGGGCAGAUCGUGACGGGCAUUUUGCUUGCCGGUGGUCUGCUUUGCACUUGCUGGUAUCCCACACGCAAGAUGACGCGUCUGUGUCACAGCGAUGAUCCCAAAGCGAAGGCAGCAGUGCUGCGGCCUCUAACCACGCUCAGCGUUGCUGGCGGCAUUGGCAGUGGAUUGACAAAUGCCAAUGCCAAUGCCAUUACCAUGCAGCAGUUAUUCCAUCAGCAUGACAGCCAGAAUGAGCGUGUGGGCGUCCGACUGCUCGACUAUAGACGCAGCUCGGGAUUGACCGAUAGCGGCUGCAGUUCGGCUAGUGAACGACUCCUUGAGAGCGGCUCAACAGAUGUGAUAAUUAGUUAAUAUAUCUAUACGUAUCGUUGCAUCUUGCAUUUUGAAUCGACCCAACCGUUAAAACUUUAUACAUAUACUAUAUAAAUACUAUAGAUUGCCUUUUUUAGCCUUAACUGCCUCAUACAUAGCACCACAAGCUAUUAGUAAGGAACACACAUACACAAACAUAUAUAUCAUAUCGCAAAACACACUCACACACACACACAAGUACACUCAUCACACUCACACUCAUAUGGUUUCCUCACAUCAACUGCGCACUUAUUGCGCGGGGACAUAUAGAGAGAGAUUAAUAAGAUUAUUUAUUUAUUAGUGCCAAAAACAAGAGUAAGGAAAAACACAUGAUAGAAUGAUACGUGAAAAAAGCAAAAAGAAACGAAGAGAAAAAUCAAAAAGUCAUUAACUAUGUUAGUAACUUAAUUUAAACGCUGUACAUAAGUGAUUAAUCGCCUACCCAUUGUUAACGUUAACGUUUAGUAAAACUGCGCACGUCCAAAGUAUUUUUUUAUAUUUAUAAUACAUAUUACAUAAAUUUAAUGCAUAACAAUUAUUUUUGUAAAGCGAUCAUCUUUUCUCUUUUUAAGUUCAAAAACAAAAUGAAGUGAUACAAUUCAAAGUGGGAUUUAAGUUAAAAGAAAAAAAGAAAACAAAACCCAAUUCCUUAAAAAAAUAAAAAAGAAACCAAAUUGAAAUGGAAAUCAACAAAACAAAAA